AGAUUCAGUUACCACUAGUUAGGGAUAGUGUAAUGGUGUCAGAAGCUAUACGGCAAGAACACUAUAAGGAAAGGUUCCAACGUAUUGAUAUUUGAGAGAUAAUUAUAUCUAGGUACUGUAGACAAAAUGCUGGCGACGAAGAGAUUGCUGCCUCGCCUUCCUGCGGCAGCCUCGUACGGUCUCCCUCGCUGCCUCGCCGGCCCCUCGCGCGCGCCACGCUUCAGCCACGCCGCGUCGAAGAGCGCCGAGAACGGAGUCCUGUGGCUGCAUCCGGCGGGAGGAACUAUCGAGAGGUUAGACGUGGCCGCGAAAUACGCUCAGCUGAACCUGCUCGGCUGCCUCACCAUCAACAGCUGUCUGCCCCUUGAACCGGCCCACUUCGAGGAGGCUCUCAAGCACCUCCACAGGAAAAUUAGUCCCCUCAGAGCAUGUUUCCGCUGGAGGGAAGGGACGCUGUGGGUGUGUGAAGCGCUCGAUCCCCAGCUGGACUUUCUGGUUCUAAAGGAUUCGGAUGUGACAACAACAAUCAACAAGCUUUUGAUUCAACCUUUUGAGAAUUCAGCAGAAGCACCUCUCUGGCGAGCUCGACUCCUCCCGGCAGCCCCUGGCGUCCCGUGUCCAAUACCAGAGAUGAAGGAGAAAUUUCCUCACCAGUAUGACCUCAUGCUUCACAUCCAUCAUGGGCUGUCUGAUGGCAUCACUGGAUUCGUGAUUUUCAGUACAUUUUUGAAGCUACUGGAGGCUGUGGUUUUGGGCUCUCCUAUUAGCAAAGAACAACUGGGGAAGUUGGUGAGUGGGGAACAAAGCAUGGACAUCGAAGGCGAGGUGCUGAAGAACUUGGAGAGCAGACCAGAUGAAUUCCAGCGCAUGAUUGAUGAAACUGCGAAUACCAAGUUUACACCACUCCUCGAGCAGGCCUUUGGAACUCCUGAAGAGGGAAUUUCCCCCACAGAAUACGUCAUGACCGACAUUGAGCCUCGCCUGUUGCAGAAUUUCCAAGAGCGAUGUCGAUCCCAUGGUGUGACCGUCAACUCAGGAAUGACUUCGGUGAUCAACACAGCCCUGGUAGAGCUAGUGGCGGAUGCGGGCUUGGAGAGGGAUGCGUACAGCAUAACCAGCCGUCAUCCAGUCAACCUGAGGCGUUACUGGAAUGGCGACCCCGUCACAGCCAUGGGCAACCACAUGGGCGCUAUAUCCCACACCAUGCAAAUACCUCGUCACAACAGGAACACUUUCUGGGAACAUGCCAAGCAGUUUGAUACCGAGUUCCGCAGGAAGCUCAAUGACGGGGACAUCUUCCGGGAAAAGAUUGUCAGAUCCAAGACUCUGCCGAAGGACUAUAGUCAUGACUCCUUCUAUGGCUCCCCUCCUACCUCAAUAUAUGACUAUAUGUUCAGUAAUAUUUUAACGCCUGGAUUCUCAGAUUAUGGAAUAGGGAAAACAGUGCAGUUGACUGCAGCAAAAAAUAUAAGCAACAUAAGCAAUUGUGAAUACUCGAGCAUGCAUUUGCUCUCUUGGUUCCGUGACCGAGUCACAUACAACAUUAUGUAUGCCUCAGGCCGCGUCAGUCGUAGUACAGUGCAGGCAUUCAUGUCCAGAAUUGUGACAGUGUUAGAUAGAUUUUCAGGAUGAAUAGAUGUGUGCAUUGUUCCAAAUGAACAAUUUUCGAUUUAAGUCGAAGGGAAAAGUUUUAAUGCCAUUUAUUUGACAAGACUUGCCCUCAUUUCAGCAACAUCGUAACCACGAUCGCAUUAGUUCGUCAGAGAAAUAGAUUAACGAAAUUUGAGUUUGUUUUCUUUAGCAGCCUUGGCUUUCAGAUAAUAUCAUCACUGUUUUUUUUCUGAAAUGAAUUUUUGUUGUACCAAACAUGGUCAAAGAAAAAGAAAUGUUACUCUGAAUUUGACUUGCUCUUUACUAUGACUGUUAUGUAUGCACAAUAAACUUGCAAAUCACG